AUGAACACUCGUAAACGCCACGGCUCCCGUAACACUGAUAACGGAGUUUACGUAGGACCCCCACAGACCCAAGUCCUGCCCUCCACUACGACUGAAGUUUUCUCUCCUCCUGUACUUCCUCCUCCAGCUGACGUGAUGUCCUGCCGGGACCGCACUGCCGAGUUCAUAUCUGCUUGCAAGUCUCUACGUGGACGCCAGAAUGGUGUUCAGCUGUCCAACCCUUCUCUCAAUGCUGUGAAACAGAGAAGUGAAUUUACUCUAAUGGCCAAACGAAUUGGAAAGGAUCUUAGCAACACAUUCAGUAAGCUGGAAAAACUGACAAUAUUGGCUAAAAGGAAAUCUCUGUUUGAUGACAAAGCAGUGGAAAUUGAGGAACUGACAUACAUUAUUAAACAAGACAUUGGAAGCCUGAAUCAACAGAUUGCCCAGUUACAGUCCUUUGUAAGAGCACGAGGCAACCAGAAUGGGCGACAUGUUCAGACUCACUCAAAUACUGUGGUGGUUUCUCUUCAGUCAAAGCUGGCAUCAAUGUCUAAUGACUUCAAGUCUGUAUUAGAAGUAAGGACAGAGAAUCUAAAGCAUCAGCGAAGUCGCAGGGAGCAGUUUUCUCAGAAUCAGGUCUCUGCUCUACCCCUCCAUCACAACAGCAUGGGUCCCUCUGUCCUCCUACAAGAUGACUCUCGCAGACAUGGGGAUGUGACAAUAGACAUGGAUUCAAAAGUCAGUCAACAAUUGCAGUUAAUAGAUGAGCAGGAUUCCUAUAUUCAGAGUCGAGCAGACACUAUGCAGAACAUAGAGUCCACCAUUGUCGAACUGGGUUCAAUCUUCCAACAGCUGGCUCACAUGGUAAAGGAGCAGGAAGAAACUAUACAAAGAAUUGAUGGGAAUGUAGAGGACACGCAGCUGAAUGUGGAAGCAGCCCACUCUGAAAUCUUGAAAUAUUUUCAGUCCGUCACAUCAAACCGCUGGCUCAUGAUCAAGAUUUUUCUUAUACUUAUCGUUUUUUUCAUCAUAUUUGUGGUCUUCCUGGCUUGA